CACACAUCUUUAAACACAACUCCUAUUUUUGGUGAAGAUGGCAAGUCUGCUUCGACUUCUGUCACGAAAGAGUUUACUUACUGCAUUGAAGUAAAAAGGCAUGUAUAAAAAAGGUUGUUAAACUCAUUUGGACCUGUACAAAGAAAACUUAUUCAUUGCAAUGGAAUUUUGGGUCAUAAACAUUUUUGCACUCUUGAUUCUAUCCCACCUGGCUAUAAAGGUUUAUUUCCAGCAAACACCAGUGGUCUUUCACCAUAUGGCUCCAAACUCCACCAAGCAAACUAUAAUACCUAUUAAGGACACAAGACAUCUCAUAGUUUCUGCAUACAAAGAUCACCGAACGCAUGGGGAAAUUCGCGUCAUUAGCAUUAUUGAAAGAGACCAGCUCAGUCCACUUCUCUGUGUUGUUUACUGUAAAGAGCAAGGCUACUUUAUUACAACAGCAAAUGUAGAUAUUCAUAGUGAUCAUUUUGGAUUCCCCUUUGUUACGGCGGACAUGCUGUGUAAAACAAAGCCACGGUGUAGUGCUACACACGUUACUAUUUCAACUUCUCCAUACAUCUCAGAAAUCUCCAGUAUGCCGUAUUUACCCAUAAAAAACAAAAAUAAGGUGGAUAAAAACUUUCAGUAUAACUUUACCACCUGCAUCUCCAAUCUGUUUGGAGGCUACAACAAUGUGUUGCAGUUUGUCCAGACCAUAGAAAUGUACAAGAUUCUGGGCAUAGAGAAGGUGUACAUCUAUAACACCAGCUGUGGUCCAGACCUGCAGAAGGUCCUCCAGUACUACAAGGAGGAAGGCACAGUAGAAGUUGAACCAUGGCCCAUUGACCAGUUCCUUGUUUCCUCAAAAGGGUGGAAAUUUCCAGAGCGUAAACCUGACCUUCAUAACUAUGGGCAGUUAACUACUCUAAAUGACUGCAUCUACAAAAACAUGUACAGGUCCAGAUAUAUUCUUCUGAAUGACAUUGAGGAAAUAAUUGUUCCUUACCAGCAUGCCACACUGGGGCUGCUCAUAGAAAACCUACAAAGACAAAAUCCUUCUGUGUCAGUCUUUCUGAUUGAGAAUCACAUUUUUCCGAAAACAGUCUUUGACACUAAUGGGACAUUCAGCUUGCCUCAGUGGAAGAAAGUGCCGGGAGUCAACAUCUUGGAACACAUUUACAGAGAGCCUGACAGAGAUUAUGUUUUCAACCCUACUAAGAUGAUAGUCAAUCCCAGGGAAAUUGUACGGACAUCUGUGCACUCAGUCCUGAAGAAUUAUGGAGACACGUUAAGUGUUCCCUCUGAUAUCUGUAAGGUGAUACAUGUUGGAGAACCUGUACAGGGGAACCUCAUGAUAGAACAACUGAUUGUGGACACAAAACUUUGGGAAUACGAGAAGGAGCUGCUCCCAAACAGCGAUCAUGUAUUGAAGAACUCUGGGGUCUGCAGCUGAAAGCACCUGAUUAGGGUCAGGUUCAAAGCCUAUCUCAGAAUCACGGGGAGAGUACACCCUGAAAAGGACAUCAGUCCACCUCAGGGUAGUUUCAUACGAACACCUACUCCUCAUUCACACGCUACGAGAAAUUUAGCAUUGCCAAUUCAAGUGAA